GAGCUCCAUUGAAGCUCCCAGCUGGCCUAGCUGGGUCUCACCGAGAUCUGUGCAGUCAUACCACUCAUUUUAUGCCUCAGUUCAAUCCAGCCAUGCAAAGUCGAAUUCAGGAACAACCAAAAAUGUAACUUCGAACAUUACAUUUAUAUACGGCCACGCAGCCUGCGCCUGUCCAAGCGUCUUGGUUUCACCCAUCAGACCCCAAAGACAUUUACAACACCACACCCGUUCAGAAAUCUAGAGAUUGGAAUUUUGUUCCUCCACCACCUCGAGCAAAAUGCUUCGAACAUCAAUUCCCAGAAGCUGUAUGACCAGAAUCCGAACACCUCAGUUUUGUCAAUCGUUUGCCACCACACGGCAAAGCUGGAGUGAAGGCGACACUGGCGCAGUACGGCCAGGCGGGGUUGCUGUCAGUGACCCAUUCAAUCGCCGGGAACAAGUCUUGGAGAACAUGUAUUUCAAGCAACAUGAAAUAGAAAAUAUUCGGAAAAUGAGAGAAAAGCUCGCGGCUCAGCGGAAACACCUAGACGAGGUCGAGAGCCAUCUGAAUGAAAUGGAGGAAGCCGCAAAGGCGGCGGCGGCAACGGAGCAAAAGUUGUAAUUCUGCAAUGGGCAAAGCACAGGACUCGGCGUUGAAGGAGCUUUUGGGCUUUGGAACAGCGAAAAUGGCUACUAGAAGUCCGGUCGAAUCAGACCUUGGAGUCCUCGACGCUACGAUACUGGGGAUAGCGUCUGUGAUCGUACGCGUUUGAUCAAUGGAUAUUAUCUUUUGCAUCCAGCAUCUUUCUCUGCUAUUCGUGCGGGAUCUUGAAGAAAACCCAGUGCUUCCUUUGCGUCAUCGUAGCUGGAAACGUGAGAUGUCCAACCCAAGCGAGUGGCACGCCCAGAGCGUUGACGCAAGCAUACAAGUAGGAGGUGUACCACGUCCGAGUAAAGAGGUUGCAUGAUGAGGAUGGAAAUGUGGAGGAGGGCUGCCAAAUGCACACUGUGGUCUGAAGCAGCCUGUGGCUUUCCUGCAAUCCCAAGAUCACACC